ACAUCACUCUAAGACGUGAAACCCACACUCACCAACUAACUAUACAAUAAGCAUAACUUAUUAAAGACCUCACAACCCUCUCAACACACCAAUAGACUUCCCCCCUCUCUCUAACCAACAUCACAACCUCAUUCUCUCCGAGUUAACAACAACAGCAGCAACAACUAACUUAGGUUCCAACAAACAUCCUCAUCCACCUAGAAUAGUAAUCACAAGCAACUAAGCCACCACCCUAAAGUACCACACUAAAGCACUCCACUUUCUUCAACAACACUCCUCUCUUACUUGUGAAGAGAUGAAAGGGAAAGCAUUGGGUGUCUUUAAAUCCAAGCUUCUCAGGCCAUGCAAAAAACUAUUUUUGUUCUUUAGACUUAGGUCCAAGAAACCUGUGUUUAUAAGAGCUCUCAAGUUCCGUGCUCACAAGUCCACUUUCCCUAAGGCCUCUUUCCCAAGAAAACCAACAAUGUCCUCUUUGUUGCAAUCCAUGUUUCGUUCUCCAAAGAAAUCUAAGCACGCAGACAUGCUGCAAGCACUCAGGAGUCCCUCAAAUGUGCAUGAAACUCCACUCUUUCCAUCGCCGCUUACCCCGGCUUUUGUAACGGCUCGUGAGGUGGAGAAGAGGGAGGAGGCUUUGAGGCAAGAGGUGGAAGAUGCAUGCAGGAGUUUUGAGAACUAUUUGGUGGAGAUGAUUGUGGAAGAAGGGAAGACCAGGGACCUGAUGGAUGUGGAAGAACUUCUAUACUGUUGGAAGAACCUCAAGUGUCCUGUGUUCAUUGAUUUAGUUAGUAGAUUUUAUGGAGAGCUUUGUAAGGACUUGUUUUCUCCGGAUAGUGAGGAAGGUGACAGUUCCAAGUGAAGGCCUAAGGAGAGAGUAAAUAGAUAUUAAUUUUUUCUCACUAUAAUUUUCAGUUGAGUGUUCCCAUAAAAUUGGAUUUGUGCAAUCUUGAAUGCAGUUUAUAUGAAAUAUUUAAUGAAAUGAUUUAUCUUGAUUUAUUCAUCCUCAGUUUUUGAGGAAAUAA